GUCCCUUCCAUUAAAUGAAUCAUAGAUUUACUAUAUAAAAUAGCAUGUGUAGCUAUGGUAGAAGUUUCAUUAUGGAGUGGUGGUGAACAGACGCAUGUUACGACGGAGCGCACAUUGCUUCCUCUCGCUUCGGGCGCGUUCACAUUGCUUACUCCAACCUUGAGCGAAGCGAAAAGUUGGUCACGACGAAUUAGCUCCCCUUCUACAGCUUAUCUGCGUUCUGGAUCGACAUUUCCGUCCCUCUCCAUACUACAGCGACGAACGCGGUCGGGUCACGCGUGGCCGACUUGAAUGCCACAAUAUCCCAAGCAUGAGCCCUAUAUUGGCGAAUCGGCAGUCUGAAGAGCUACACAAGUCGAUCAUAGCUUAUCUCUCGGCGAAUAACUUACCGAACGCUGCUGCUGCGCUUAGAGCGGAACUGAGCCUUGGAGAAGAUGUCUUCGAUUCAGCUACAGCGAAGAAAUAUGAGACUUUGCUUCAGAAAAAAUGGACAGGCAUUGUUCGGCUACAGAAAAAGAUAAUGGACCUCGAGACACGAAAUACAGCAUUGCAGUUCGAAGUUGACAACGCCACACCUACCUCUCUCCCUCUGCGAAAUCAGGACCCCAGUUCUUGGCUACCUAAAGCACCUCCUCGGCAUUGUUUAGAAUCACAUCGAGAUACCAUAAAUUGCGUCGCUUUUCAUCCAGUGUUCUCCUCUAUUGCCUCAGGAUCCGACGAUUAUACAAUCAAAAUAUGGGACUGGGAAUUGGGUGAGCUGGAAAAGACAAUCAAAGGCCACACAAGAGCAGUGCUUGAUGUUGACUAUGGCGGCCCAAGAGGUGGAAUCCUUCUGGCAUCCUGCAGCUCUGACCUGACAAUCAAGUUAUGGGAUCCAGCAGAUGACUACAAAAACAUUCGCACUUUGCCAGGUCAUGAUCACAGCGUUAGCGCCAUCCGUUUCAUACCUUCUGGGGCUAUCGGCGCGCCAUCAUCUGGGAACUUACUUGUCAGCGCAAGCCGAGACAAAACGCUGAAGGUAUGGGACGUCACCACAGGAUAUUGUAUGAUGACUCUGCAAGGCCACACUGGCUGGGUACGAGACGUUUUCUCUUCGGCCGACGGACGUUUCCUCCUCUCAACAGGGGAUGACAUGAGUGUUAGGUUAUGGGAUAUCUCCGCACUGAAUCCAGAAAGCAAGCUGGUUAUGGUCGGUCAUGAGCAUUACAAUGAAUGCUGUGCACUUGCUCCGCCCGCUUCAUACCAGUAUCUUGCACCCUUGGCCGGAUUGAAGAAGCCCCCACCUGCAAACAGCAUGGCAGAGUUUAUGGCGACUGGGUCGCGAGACAAGACUAUCAAACUCUGGGACGCUCGUGGAACUUGUCUCAAGACUCUAGUUGGCCAUGACAACUGGGUGCGGGCGCUCGUUUUUCACCCCAGCGGCAAAUAUCUCUUUUCUGUAUCGGAUGACAAGUCUCUUCGGUGCUGGGACUUGAGUCAAGAAGGAAAGUGCGUCAAGGCCCUUGUCGAUGCCCAUGAACGCUUCGUCACCUGUCUAAAAUGGGCUCCGGGAAUUGUCAAAAGUGUACAUGCGUCUUACGGCGGCGCAGCAGAUGUGCAGAAUGGUGAAAGCAAUCAGACCACGAAGAGCAACGGUACUGAAGCGGUUAUCCCCGACGUUCAGAUCCGCUGCGUUGUCGCCACUGGGGGGGUGGAUUCGAAGCUGAGAAUUUUUGCAAAUUGAGGUGGCAAGAGACGCUCAAUCAACCUGUGUUUAUUUACGUGACUGUAUCUCCAAAUACCUUUUUGUCUUGAGUGGUGGUUUGGGGAGCAUCCGAGAAGCUGAAAGUUGGAUGGCUUCUGGGAGAAAUACAGAAGUAACGGCACUGGUCGAGGAUGGCAAAAACCCACUAGCGCUCGACAAAGAUUGCACCAUCGUUUAUGACGGGGGAUGCUUUCACGUGGCGACUAUCGUUAGAAGGAGCAUAGAGGCGAGAAGUGCGCAACAGCAUUUUGUACCUCUUUGCUUGUCCAGGGGUAUUGUAUAUACAAUAAGAUACCCGUACACUUCAGAAUAUCGCCCUUCGCCUGGGGCGAAUUCACAGGUUAUACACGGUCACCAGUUUAUUCCGACGGCGGAAGAGGGAAUCAGAGGGUGCCAAUUUCACUCACGCCAGCAGCGCUGCCUUUCAGCAGCAACAUAAUGCUCCACUGAUACGACGAGUCGCCCUCUCAUCCAUUCCACCGCAGCGGAAGGCAUACAUCCACGAAAUUAAUAGCGUAAAUUAGCCAACUCAAUGGGCCACACUCGCUCGCGUCGUGGUCCUCAAUGCUGGCAAGAAGCUGAGGCUGGACAUCGCUAGAGGCAACUCCAGCCUCAGCUUCGUCGUCGCUUUCAUCGUCGCUGUCAUCUUUGAUAAUUAGGGGCUCUUCUGCGUGGAAUUAGUAAGGUGUAUGGGCAUACAAAAGCGAGCUGAGAAACCUACUUUGAGUAUUGCCUAGCACAUAGGUUGAGUUCUAGGUUGAGUUCGUGGUUGUGGGAUUUGUUUGCAGGCAGCCCUCGUCGAUCAGUUCGCGCUUGGAGAUAUGGAGGCGCUGUGGCAACGAAUGUGGUCAUAUGACGUAGGGCAGAGUCGUCCAGUUAGAUGGGCCUCCUGAUCACUGAGGCGUGUGAAUGGACUCUCCAAUGAAGACAGUGUGGUUAAAGCAUGAAAUUUAGCCGCCGGGACUGGCUUCUUUACCCACAUCAGAACACUCCAUACAUGACACCAUCUGACAACAUCCAUCUGACAAUGAAUGGAUACGACUGUUGUGAUGCGAGGCUUUGGUCGGAACAGGCUUGUUUGCUUUCUAGCUACAGUGCAGGAUCUGAAGUUAUACACAGUAGCUACCCAACUUGCAAGCAUUCCGUCUCUGACCCGAUCCACCUCAUUACAAUAUGUGACAGCCACUCAGUUUUACAAUAACUACAGGGCAUAGAACGUUCCUUUGGUUACCCGGUGUCUGCUCCGCAGCUGACGCAGGGAUACCUCCAGCUGCGCAGACAGUUCCGAGCGCUUUCAUAGCUGCGGUCACCUAAACGGAUGCUAUCCUAUAGGUCUACUAUGAAGGAUACAAAAAAGAUGAAGGGGGGAACCCC